AUCUUCAGUAGUCUUCUCUCACUUUCCAUUCUCCGCCACCACACAAACAUAUUCUUUCUUUCUUCUUCUUCGUAAUUUCGUAUUUCAUACUCUCUAUUUAUACAAACAUUUCAUUCGACCUUUCUCUAUUCAUUGCCUCCUCCCAAUACUUUCUCCAAAAUAUUAUCUUUUUUUUCUUCUCAUUCCAAAAAAAAAAUCCUUCUUCUGGGUUCCUAAAUUUGAUUCACAUUCAUCUCGCCGUCUUUUUUUCUUACCCUCAUUGAUUUGAUUUAUCUAUUGAGUUUGUAGUUGAGGAAGUUUCCAAUGGCUCUUGCCUAUGAUCCUCUCUUCAUUACAUCCGACAAAUCCCCCAUUGAUAUCACCUCUCGCACCCAAAGCGAGAAUCACACCACUAGACCAAAUGCCCUGUUUAAUCGAUUUGUUGUUUAUUGUGUUGUGCUAUUUAUUUAGUCACCUAGACUCCUAGCUAUCGUUAUUGUGGAUAAGUUUAGUUCAGAAAUUGUUAAUUGGGCUAUAAAAGUGAGAGAUUAAAAAGCGAAUUAAAUCGACUAGGGUAAGAGUCAUUCUACCUGCUGAUCGCCGCAUAUAAGCCAACUACUCCUCCGUCCCCAACCGUCUCUCUCUCUCUCGGCGUUCUUGGAGAAGCGAAGGAACAGAGAAAAAGACAUUUAGAAAUGUCGGAGAAGAAGGGAAGGAAAGAGGAGGUGGUGACUAGAGAGUACACCAUUAACCUUCACCGACGCCUUCAUAGCUGUACCUUCAAGAAGAAGGCACCAAAGGCAAUCAAGGUGAUAAGGAAGUUUGCAGAGAAGGCAAUGGGGACAAAGGAUGUGAGAGUGGAUUUGAAGCUGAACAAGCAGAUUUGGAGCAGAGGUAUCAGAGGUCCUCCUAGAAGGAUCAGAGUCCGAGUUGCUCGUAAGAGAAACGAUGACGAAGAUGCAAAGGAAGAGUUCUUCUCCCUUGUCACUGUCGCUGAAAUCCCCGCCGAAGGUCUCUCCGGUCUUGGCACUAAAGUCAUCGAUGAAGAGGAUUGAACAAUCAUUUUUGUAACCACUUUUUAUCAGAUUAUUUCAAGUUUUGUUUACCUUUUCAACUUUGCACUGACGCAGUUAUUGUGAGAACAUUUAUCUU